CUUUAACGCCAGUCGCCAAAAGCGUUGUUAUUUGUUUCACUUCAUCACUUGUCAGUUGUCUGUCGUCACGUACUCACGUGUCAAUAGUCUUUCGCAGUCCACCAUCACUAUUAAACAUUUUUAAAUUUAAUAGCCACAGCCAACAACAUAAUAAUAUGGAAUCCGUAACCAUACCCACACGAGCGUUUGUUAACGGUUCAUUCUUGCAGAAAUUCGCAAACAAGCCUGUAACAUUGAUCGGUAACGUGUUGAAGGUGAAUCCCGACGGUAAAUCUAUAACUAUGCAAACAACAGACGACCAAGUGGUGACUGUUAAUUUUCAUGAACCAGUUGAAAGCUCUCUAGACGGUUGGGUCGAAGUGCAUGGUUUGGCCAAAGAUAAAGGAACUGUAGCUGGAGAAAGUUAUUACAAUUUACCAUCAUCAAUAACUGAUGAUUUUGAGAAACCACAAUUUAAUGAAACAGUUUCACUAAUAUACAGUCUAUCAAACCCCUUGAAGUAAUGAAGAUAAGUGAAUUGUUGAUUCAAAUUUUAAUUUAAUUAUCUUAUUUUAUUUUUUUGUAUUUUUUUUUUUUUUUUUAUAAUAACACUUAAUUAUCUUAUUAAAUAUUUUCUAAAUAAUUAAACUUUGGUAUUAAAAUAAUUAUUUUUACACUUAAAAAUAUGUUAUGUCAUCUAUAUUUUGUUUUGUAAAAUGACAUGGUACAAAACAACACAAUUUUAGUUAUGUUAAGUAUAAAAUUGUUUCAACUGUUACUAUUCUUUCAUUCAUUUAAUUAAAAACCUCAUACAAUCGUUUACAAAAGAUA